AUGCCUACCAACGGCUGCGCUGCAGCGGGUCCUGCUAGAGAAACAGUGGAAAAUGCCACGGCGAAGAUGGCGAAGACUACUGCUAGCACAAACAGAUCGUCGUUCUCCCGCCCAGCGUUACUCAAAGCACUCAAAUCUGGAGAUAGAUCGGUCUUCACUGAGCUCCUAGAGCCAACAGGAAUGCCAGUGGAGACAAUAGAGAAUGAGCUGAGAAUUGCGCUUCAGACAGCUGCUGGGGAGGGCGAAACAGAACUCGUGGAAGCCCUUCUGCAGCGGGGUGCGAAGACAGACCUUCCCAGUGGAAAGGGAACAUCUCCCUUGCAGCGUGCAGUAGAUAAGGGCUACACCGAGAUCGUACGCUUAUUACUCCGUUUCAAGGCUGCCACAGAGGCGAAAGACAGACAUGGUAGGACUGUCUUGAUGUCUGCUGCAUUGAAUGGGGAGAAUAAGAUAGUCGAAUUGCUUCUUCAAUAUGGUGCUAAUGUUGAUGCUGUGGACCACGAUCAUCGAACUGUAUUGCUGAAUCUAGCAGCAGAUACCUCGAAACGCAAGUGGAACGAAGAGACCAUCAAAAUUGUUCUAGCUACUAGAAUCAACGUGGAGCAUGUAGACGCAAUAUCUAGAACGGCUUUACAUUGGUCCGCAGUGACUGGCAAGUUAGACCUUGCGGGCGCGCUGUUGAACAAUGUUGGUCGCCAGCCUGCAAAUGUGAUGGCUGCCACAGAACGUGGCCGAACCGCUUUACACCUGGCGGCUGAGAACAACCAUGUCGAGAUUGUCAGGCUACUGCUUGCACGUGGUGCUAAAACCGAAGCUACCAGUGAUGGCCACUGGACGCCCUUGCUUAACGCUGCACAAAACGGUCAUGAAGGGGUCGUUGAUGUGCUUCUUGCUUCUAACGCAGACGUCAACGCCCGGACUUCUAGCGGGAUGACAGCCUUACAUUGGGCUAGUGAGCGUGGUCACCUGAAGGUUGUGCAAAGAUUAUUAAAAGAGGAAAGGGCAUCCAAAAACCCGAAAGAUGGAUUUGACAGUACACCGCUUUCUCGAGCAGGUCAACACGGCUAUCAAGGAAUCAUUCAAGAGCUGAGACCCUUUAUCUUCGGCGGCUCACUGUCGCUUAAUGCCAAGGAUGCCUGCCUAAGGUUCAAUGCAGCAAUUGUUGACUUCUACUUCGAUGAGAAAACAGUUGUGAGGAACGUGGUCAAGCGGAAAUCAGUUUGGGAGUGUCUUUACGGCACUGACCCAAAAGACUCUACGGGCCGAACAUUUGCCAUCACAACUUCUCUGGAGGAGAUUAAACCAAGGUCUCCAGACUUUAGAUGGAUCCACCUCCCAGCCAACAACAUUGCUUGGGCUGAGGCGCUAAUCACCAAAUUCUUUCUUGAGAGGGAUUUCGCCGAAUCUGGAAGCUUCAAAGCCAUGUUACGUUUAUUCGGGCAGCGGCAACACCGUGGCCGCAAAGUGCAUUCCAGGUUCAUGAGGCCUUUAUGCCAGCGAAUUGGCUCUACACAAGUAGGGUUUGACUAUAGCCGACGGCGCAGUAAGGACGGAAGAGGCUCUCCUAUAAAGGCUGGAGCAGGCCGGCCUCUUUCUCUCGUACGAGAGAUAAGUCUGCCCCGGCAGCACAAUAUUGUCGUCCUCUUCAUGCCCUACCUAGGUUGGGAGACGGACGUCAACCGUUCUGAGAUGAGCAAAGUCAUUAAAAAGGUGGAAUCUACGAAGGAUUCCACUUAUCCGCAUGAUCCAUCCCAAAGCAAGGAUGUCUCCCUAAUUGCAGGCUACUUGAAUGACUCCUGUCUUCAUGUCAGACGAACUCUUGACCAGUUCAAGCACCAUAGUAUCAAUACUGAAAAGCGGGACACCGACCAAGUCGUUUAUCGGUAUUGCAAGGAUCAUCCGUUCCCUUAUGAGAAUCCAGAGAACAGGCUAAAAGUUUACAUGGUUGACCAACUAUGGGUAUGGGUUCUUAGCAAUAACCUGAUCUUGACUUGUUUUCCUGAGAGAUGGAACCAACCAAAAAGAGAUGCGCUCAAUCUCUUUGAUGGCGUGAUAGAGGACAUCAACUCAAAGACGCGACCACCGAUCAGGUCAGUAUACGAACUCGCUGCUUUGAUAACAGACCGGUCUUCCGGGACCUUUGAUCGCCAUCAAUGGAGUAGGGAUGAGUACCGGUUCUUGGAAAUGUUUGAGAUGUCAAUUGGCGCUUUGACCAGGCGAGAAACGGCCUUGUUCAGACGAUUUGAAGCAGACUCGUCUGUUGCCGCCCAUUGGCUUAGGAAUCAUGAUAGAACCCGUUACACGCCGAAGACAAUUGUGGUUCCCGAAGCUGAUGCCGAGGAUCUGGAAAAUGAAGAAGAUGAAUGGUUGAGACAGGAUGACGAAGGCACAGAACCAGGUGGGACCAACCGGUUUGUUGACCGACUCCUGAAUAUUGCCAAAGAGGCGCGUUUGCUGGUGGAGUGCAAAGAUAUUCAAGACGAACUUGGCAUAUUGACGAUGGUUCUGCGGCAGCAGAAAGGAGCACUGCAUGAAAUGGAACGUUCCUUUGGGGAAGUACCUAUGACGGACGAUGACAAGCGAUAUGACCUCUCAAGGAAGCUUGCACAGCAGAAAGCACUAAUUGAUCUGCAUCUGCUCGACAUCGAAAGAAUGGACAAGGCAGCGAAAGCUGUGAACAUCAGCCUUACCCAGGUUCUUGAUCUGAAGCAAAAACAUGCCAACGCGCUUGAGGCUCGCUUCACACGAGAUCAGGCUCAAAACACAGCCAGGCAGGGCCAAACCAUCAUGGUCUUCACCAUUGUUACUAUCAUUUUCCUACCAAUGUCAUUCAUGGCAGCCUUCUUCGCCAUCAACAUCAUUGAGUUUCCACGCGACUCAAUCAAUGGUGUCAAUGGUAUCCAUCUCGGUUAUGUGUCCAAGUAUAUGUUUGGGAUUGGCUUUGGCAUCUCGAUACCACUCAUCACCAUAGCAUUUUUUAUGAGCGACACCGAGGGCUGGAUAGCGAACUUGAAGAGUUGGUUGGGACGUCAGAAAGCAAGCAAGCGGGUUUCAGCGGCAAGGCAGAGCCAUGCGGAGGAUCGAGGUCUGGAAAUGGAGAAAGGUCGACCAUCAGUGGAGAGCUGGAGAUACAGACAUCUGGAAAUGGAGAAAGGACGACCAUCAGUGGAGAGCUGGAGAUACAGAAAUCCGGCAAGGGUUGACACAGGAGGCACAGACAACUUAACCAGGAGGAGCCAAGACAUCCGGGUCGUCUCACCCGUUUGA